ACGAAUCCCUGUCCAGAGAGACUUUACCUCAAGGGUAAGGUAUCCAGUCCCGCUGCAAAAUUCUUGUCGUAUUCCAGCAUUAGCUCCUAUUUUUGCAAUCUGCAGAACGCAAAGGGAAGCUCGGUAUGGCAAGUCAAGGUAAAACACAGAAAAGAAUGAACCAAUGCAUCUGGUUAGCCAAGCCUGUGUUUGAAUAGAUGCUAAGAUAACCGCGUCAGAUGGACAUUGAAUCAACCGAGCUUAGGAUACUUGGAGGUACUUUGAGCUGCUGAACCCCUGUACAAUCUCCACCUCGACCUGGCCCGGGCUUGGAUGGUACUGUACCAUUCAGUGCACCUCCCUGCUGUGCCGUGUCUCUCCUGCAGCAAGCGCCUCUACGUAGGUCGAGGUUGCUCACUCUAGCUCUCCCGUUGUGUUCUGUUGCUCCAAUUGCUUAGGUUAAUAUUAAGGCAGCCAACGUUAGUGUGUGCCAACCAGAUGCCGUAUCUCCUUCUCCACGCCCGCGCUGCUCUCUCCUACUUCGUCUCCGUCCGUGGCUUCGUUUCCCGUCCCUUCCUCACAUUAAUUCCACCAGUCUCCCCCUUCAUCCUUCUUUCCCUUUUUCUCCUCACUCUCAACGAUACCCUCACACUCAACCCCCACUGUCGUCAUCGCAGGCCAUUCUGUGAAGUUGUCCUCCUUCACAUUGACCAUCACCUAAACCUCAACCUUCAUCAGCUUCCUCGUCUACUCCGUAGCUACCGCGCAUUCAAGAUGACUGACUGGACAACGGGCAUAAUGCCGCUGCACCAGGUGCACAAGCCUCCUUUCACUAUCGAGGCUCCUGGCUACGAGAAGGUCCCUGGCGAAACCAUUCCUCGACGUCACCCCAAGGCCAAGGACGGCCUCAUCAACUAUCCUGCUCCCGAUGCCAGGACCGUCUUCCAGGUCGUUGAGCGCAGCGCUCGACUCUACCCCAACCAUCAUGCUGUCGGUGCCCGCAAGCUCAUCAACAUGCACACUGAGAAGAAGAAGAUCAAGAAGAACGUCGAUGGCGAGAUCCAGGAAGUCGAGAAGGAGUGGUCCUACUUCGAGUUGACUGGCUUCGAAUACUUGACUUACCAACAGUACCUCCAGCGCGUUCUGCAGAUCGGCUCCGGUCUACGGAAGCUGGGCUUGACCAGUGACGACAAGCUUCAUAUUUUCGGUACCACCAGGUAUGUACAACAUUGACUGGUCCUGUAUCCAAGCACUGGUUUCUGACUCCACGGCGUGUAGCAUCGGUUGGAUCUCUACUUCCCACGCAGCUGCCUCACAGUCCAUCUCAAUUGUCACCGCCUACGAUACACUUGGUCCCAGUGGUGUUGAGCACUCUCUCGUUCAGACCGAAUGUAGCGCCAUGUACGUCGAUUCGCAACUCCUCAAGACUGCUUCAGAGCCUAUCAAGAAGUCGUCCGUCAAAACCGUCAUCGUCAACGACCGAACGAUCUUUGCCAAGGGUGGUGAGCUCGAGGCCUUCAGGGCCGAUCAUCCUGAUCUGAAGAUCGUCACUCUCGAGGAACUUCGCCAGCUCGGUGAAGAUAAUCCCGUUGAGCCGAACCCGGCCAAGCCAUCCGACCUUUACUGUAUCAUGUACACUUCUGGUUCCACUGGUCUGCCCAAGGGUGCUUGCAUUACCCACGAAGCUCUUAUUGCUGGAGUCACCAGUUUGUACACCUGUGUCGAAGAAUGCGUUAGCGACAAGGAAUGUAUUCUUGCCUACUUACCCCUCGCUCAUAUUUUCGAAAUGGCCCUCGAAAACCUCGUUAUGUACAUUGGAGGAACUCUUGGAUACGGAAACCCGCGAACGCUUUCCGAUGCAUCAAUGAAGAAUUGCGCUGGUGAUAUGCGCGAGUUCAAGCCCACUGUCAUGGUUGGCGUUCCCCAAAUUUGGGAGACUGUGAGGAAGGGUAUCACAGCCAAGCUCGAGGCUGCCAGUCCUCUCCUCAAGAACCUCUUCUGGGGCGCCUACAACUGGAAGGCGUUCGCCUCUAAGAACAAGCUGCCUCUGGCGAGCUUGUUUGACAGCAUCGUGUUUGGCAAAGUCCGUGAACUGACGGGUGGUCGUAUGCGCUUCACUAUGAAUGGCGCCAGUGGUAUUUCCGAUGGUACAAAGAACUUCAUUUCGUUGGUCGUUGCUCCCAUGUUGGCUGGUUAUGGCCUCACUGAGACCUGCGCCAAUGGCUCUCUAGGCUGUCCACUUGAGUUCUCCCCCGAUGCCAUUGGUCCUACCCCUUGCGCUUGCGAAGUCAAGCUUGUUGCACUUCCUGAGCUGGGCUACUCAACUGAAGCCAAGGUUCCACAAGGCGAGAUCUGGAUCAAGGGUUUGCCAGUUAUGACUAAAUACUGGAACAACCCCGAGGAGACAGAAAAGGCCCUUACUCCUGACGGCUGGUUCAAGACUGGCGAUAUCGGAGAGUUCAAUGCUCAGGGUCACCUUCGAGUCUUUGACCGCGUCAAGAAUCUUGUCAAGAUGCAGGGCGGUGAAUACAUCGCCCUUGAGAAACUCGAGUCUGUGUACCGUGGUGUCCAGUCGGUGGCCAACGUUAUGGUCCACGCCGAUCCCGAGCACUCACGCCCUAUUGCCGUUAUCAUGCCGAACGAGAAAGUCUUGCACGAGAAGGCCAAGGAGCUGGGUGUUGAUGAGCACAACCUCCAUACCGUCCACGCCAACCCCAAGAUGGUCAGCUUUGUUCUUAAGGAUCUCCAAGGUGCUGCGAAACGUGCUGGUUUGAGCAGUAUUGAGAUCGUCACUGGCGUUUUGAUCACCGACGAAGAGUGGACAUCGGAUAAUGUAAGGACAAUCCCAAUCGCUGGCUGGCUAGAAGUUUUACUAAUGUGUUUGCUCCCAGGGACUCCUCACCGCUACUCAGAAGCUGAACCGACGCAAGAUCACCGAACACUUCAAGAAGGAUAUCGCUGCCACCCUCAAGAGCACCGGCUCGUGAUUAACGAUUGAAUAGGUGAGAUGAUUUAAUGGUCGAACAUCUGGUUUGAAAGUCGAAAGAAUGGAUACCAAGAGAGAAGAUGGAAAGAUGUGUGUAUCGACUUUUGAUGCGGGUUUGUUUUCAGUGUCUGUAAUUACUUUUGCGGCGUUGGCUUCAUGAUAUCUUGAAGGGAAUUUUGAACGACAAUGGAACUCGGCUCCGGGCCAUUUUAUGGUUGCUCACCAGGUCCUACUCUUUUUCGUCGGGGAUGAUCUGAUGUGAGCUGACAUGUGAUUCUGUAAAUCGAACUUGGCGUGUGAGAACCAUUGGCUGGCAACCAUGGAAAGGUGUUCAAGACGUAGAAUAUUGUAACUCUUUGCCUGGCCUAGUUUACAUCGGUAUUAAUACCAGCCAUCGGCCAGAAGGUACAGUAAACAGUUGGUGUCUGAGAAACGGAACCAGCUAGUUAGGUUCUAGCUCUAAGAUACGGCACAUCAAAAUGAAGUUACUAAUGGCCAUUCAAGC